AUGAAUGCAGGUUUUAAAGAAGAGCGACCGCCACAUCCUAGAGCCAAUGCUAGUAUUUUCAAAAUACUGACAUUUUGGUAAUUAUAUUUGUUUAAAAAUAUUUAAGUAUAUUUUUUAAAUGGAUAUCAAAAUUUCAAAAAAGCAUUUAAAUUAUUAAUAGCAAAUGAUUGCAUGAAUAAAUUAUAGUAAUACAAAAUAUAGUGUAUCUGAUUUGCCUUUAAAUUGUUAUUUUUUCAUCCUUUUCCUUCAAUUUUUGCUUCAAAUUGAAUUGACUUUUGUUUGGUUAAUGGUUUCACUUAAAAUUACUUAAAUCAGUUUUCAUAUCAGAAAUAGAGUAACUAACAUAUUGUAUUAAAUUUCCACCAAAAUUUUAUAAUGAAAAACUUAUUUGUGAAUAACUAAUAACUAAGAUUUAUCUACAAUUUGUUAUAAACAAAUUUUUUUCUGGUUUAAAUAUAUUUUUUUUUUUUCUAUACAAAAAUAUUGUGUUUUAUUCAUGUAGAUUUUCUUGUUUAAAUAGUUAGUUAAAGAACUACAAAAUUUGAAAUCAUGUUUCUAAGAAUUAUUAGAGGUGUGUAGAAUGUUGGAAAAUAUUUUUUCAGAACCCUAUUUUAUAGGAAAGUAUUUUAUUGUAACCAUAUUUUGUUGGAACUGUAUAUUGUCAGAAAAUAAUUUUAACUGUUAUUGAACAGCUUAUUACUAUAUCUUGUCAUAAGUUGCCAGAUAAAGAUUAUUUUUAAACUAUAUACUCUCAAACAAUAGUUUCUGACAAAUUAUAUUUCUCAUAAAACACUUAUAGAAAAAUGUAUCCUUUUCCUAAUUAAAAAAAGAUGGAUAACCAAAAUACAAAUUUACUUUAUUACUUCAAAUUUUGUUCAUACAAAUUCUGUUAUAUUAUUGUAUAUAUUGUGUUGCCUUUUAUAUUUCACAAGUUUGUAUUAAUAUUUAUAACGUAAAUCUAUAAUGUUUAUUUAUUGACUUUUUAAUACCUAUUAUAAUGUAUUUAUCUGUAUAAGGUAUUUUUACACAAACUUCAAUUAUAAUUAGUAUAUUAUUUUAUAUAUAUUCUAAAAUUCUUUUUUUAUUAUGGUCUUUUUUUAAUAUUAAUAUUCUAAUUUAAGAUUAGGUCAUUUGAUUUAAAUUAUCAACUUAUUUAUAACUUAUAUAACUUGAAUAUUUAUUACUUAUUUUACAUUCAGGUGGAUUAUAAAGCUUUUUAAAACAGGACAAACAAGAGAUUUAGAAGUAAAUGAUUUGUAUACAACACUUGAUGAUCAUUCAUCAUCAUCAUUAGGGAAAGAAUUGGAAAGGUAAAUUUAUUUACUAAUUAACAUAUAUAUAUAUAUAUAUAUAUAUAUACACAGUGUGAUCUUAUGUUACAGCAAGUGGAACACUAUAUCUCUUCAAUGGGUAGAUGGAUAUCAAAAAUUACAAUACCGAAAUUGAUUUGAACAAAUAUUCCUCUUAUCUAUGGAAUUUUAAAUAUAUGUUAGGAUUUAAAUUUCCAAAUUUAACUCCCAAAUUUUCCAUAAGGGGGUCUAAAAUGUUUAAGUCCAUGUAUAAUUUUUGAUAACACUAUUUAAUAAAAAUGUUUCAUUAUACAUUAUUCUCUAUUUGUAUAUUCAUAGGAGAUAAUUGUUGUAACAUAGAAUUUUGAUCACCCUGUUUAUAUAUAUAUAUACAAUAUUAAUUUUGUACUUUAAUCAAAUAUACUUUAAUUUUUUUUGUUUAAGGCAAUGGAAAAUACAAAUAACUAAAGCAAAAAGAACAAAUGUACAGCCUAGUUUAUUUAAAGCUUUAUUUCAUAUGUUUGGACCUAGCUUGAUGUUGUAUGGAUUUUUACUCUUUAUUAUUGAAAUUGUAUUUAGGUAAGAAUUAAAUUUUUAUAAAAAUGAAAUUAUAAACCACAAAAUUAUGCAUUAUUUCUGAGUAUUUGAUGCAUAAACUGAAAUAUUAUACUGUUAAUGCUUUUAAAAAUAGAAAAAUGUUCUAUUUAAUUUUCUAUUUUUUGAAAUAGGGAUGCAAUGUUUUUACAUUUUCAUAUUUGGAAAUUUACAUUAAUAAACUAAUGUAUAAUGGUAGUUUUACAAAAAUUUAAAUUUAAACAAUUGGUAAUAUUCCUUUAAAUAAUAUUGAAUUUUAUGAUAAUUAAAAGAAUAUUUACAUUUAUCCACUGUUCAGGAUACAAUAAUAGUUAGCAGACAUAUUUUAACUCAAUUUAUGUUAAACUUGGUUUUUUAGGAUGAUUCAACCCAAAUGUAUUGGUCACUUGAUCAGUCAUUUUGAUCCAUCUACUACUGAUUUAAAAACAGCAACUUUGGCUGCUAUUACAUUGACGUCAUCUACAUUAGUGUGCACAGUUGGAUUGCACCAACAUUUGUUUAAUCAAUGUGUAAUUGGUUAUAAAAUGCGUAUUGCUGUAACCUCUAUUGCUUACUCAAAGGUAUACAAUAAUAAAAAUUAUACAAAAAUAAAAAUUAAUAGUAUUAAUGAAAAGCAUUAUUGAAAUUAUUGAUGGGAUUACCCAUGCUUAUUAAUACAUGCUUAUUUGUUCAUUUUUAUUUUCUACUUCUUCUCUUCACUCUGCGUCAUUAAUAAUAAAUUAUUUCAAUAAUCUAUAAAUAUUAAUAAUAUAUGACACAUAUUGACCUUUCCAUAUAAAAUAAAUGAACAUAUUGUUUUUAUUAUAAUAUUAUAUUAGAUGAAAUUCAAAUUGAAUGUAAAAUAUGUUAGGAAGAUAUUAUAAUAUAUAAGAUAAUUUAAUAUAGUGCUGUAUUCACUAAUAAAUCAUUGAAUCAUAUAACAACUGAUUCUGUUUGAAGUUCAGUUAAUCACUUUUAUUCAAAAUUGUAUUAUUUGAUUAUUUUUACAGAAUAACAAUUUAAAACAAACAAAAAAAAAAAUUAAAACUGUUAUUGUGUACAUAUUCCUAUUUUUUCUCAUUAAGAAAACUAUAUGGAAAAUUAAUAAAUUACCUCCCCAAUGCACAAACUUAAAUUGUCUAUUAAAAACUACUGUUAAUGAUGAUUAUUUGAGCAAGUUUGUGGUUGAAAACUAUUUAAAGGGAUGGUGACUGUGUAAUGUAUAUAUAUAUAUAUAUAUAUAUGUUAGUCAAUUUACAUCUAAAAGCUAGAUAAUACUGUAAAAAUUUGUUUAGCGAAUUUCAAUUUUGAAAACAGAUUAUGAUUCUUUAGGUACAAGUUCUUCACUAGGAUUAUGUUGGUUUUAGAUAUGUAAUGGUUUUACUGUAAAUUGUAAAAUGAUUUUUACUACUUAAAUAAAUACUUAAAAUAUUAUAUUAUAAAUUUAGCAACAAUUUAAAAAUAAUUUCAACAUAUCUCAAUAAUGAAUCAUAAUAUGUUUUCAAAAUUUAAAACUGUUACAUAGAAUUCCUACAAUUUUAUCUAUUUUUCUUUAAACAUUUUGUUAUACCAUUAAACCAGGCUGUAUCAUUUCCACUUAAAUGUUUACCAACUAAGCAGUAGAUUGAAAUCUUAUCAUUAUGGUGUUAAUGUUAAAAUUUAUAACAUUUCAAAAUCUAAAGACAUUUUAAAAAUCAUCACCAAUCCCUUAAAAAACAAAAAAAAUAAAGUAUACAGUAUCGUAAUAAAAAUUUAACCUUUCUCUCAGAAUCCGAAAGGAGAAAUUUAAAACAAAAAUUUAACAUUGUUUGUAUAUUAUAUUAUUAGAGGCUGUUUGUGUGUCUUAUAUACCAAUAUGACUAUUAUUGUGUUGGCCAUCAGAUCAGACCACUCAUCUUGGAAUACAGAUAUUUUAUAGGAUUUGCUUGGUGGUACCACUAUGCUAAAGACUUGGUCACCACACGCAGUAUGCACAUGAAAAUGUGUGUCAUGGUUUCUUAUUUAAAAUGAGGUAUAUUUUGCAAUUCUCACAAGAUUUAAUAAACCCAACAUACAGUAGUGUAUGUAGGAUUUUAGUUCUAUUAGGGUUUUCACUAUAGAUGUAUCAUAGACUAGUAGGGGGCUUCAUCCCUAAACCCCCUAUAUAACUGAACUUGUAAAUAAUACCAUCAUUAAAAUACAAAAUAAUUCUUCCAAAUUCCAAUUUUUGUAUAUUUUUUAACUCUUAAGAUCUUGUACUUAAUUUGAUAGUUAUAAAAAAAAAAUUAGUAAUCAAAUAAAGUAUUUGGUAAUAAAAUAUUUAUCAUAAACCCAAAUAAUAAAAUAACUAAACAAUAUGCAUACAAACAAUAACAAUUUUAUUUGAUAGAGUAUACUUAAAAAUAAUAUAUCCAUAUUCUAUUGAGACAUAGACCAUAGAUAUACCCUUACAUACCUUUACAAGACAUGAUUAUCACUUUUUUUUUUUAAUUGAAUUAAAACUAUCAAUAAAAAUUAUCAAUACUAAUACUUAAAAAAAAUUGAGAGGAGGAAGAGAUUUUGAGGAGGGUGGUAUAAAAACCCUAGAACCUUACCCAUAUAUACCACUGCCAAUAUGACCAGAGUGUGAUUGCUAUAUAUUUGAAUUGACAAACAAAAGAUCUUGUUUUAAUUUUUGAAAACUGAUUUAAUGUUAUUUGUUUUGUAGAACAUUUUCAGGUAUAUUCCAAAUAUUAUAAAGGAUGAUCAAUAUUAUGUAAGACUUUUUCAUAAUUUUUUUUGGAAAAUUCAAGAAGCCAUCAGCUCUAAAAUAUUACAUUACCUUAUUUUUUAUUCAUCCUUAUAUUUGGUGGUAAAAUAACUAUAUAUCACAUUUUAGUUUCCAAAUGAGAAAUAUGGUCUAAUUGGCUAUUAAGAAUUGUAUAAAUAGAUUAAGUUUUAACUUCUAAUUUAAAUAUAUUUUUGUGUUGACAUUUUUAAUUUCUAUCAUUCCAUUCAAGAGUGAUUUCAUUUUAAGAUUGCCAGUUUGUGAGUUGGGAGAGUAUUGUCGAGCAUUAUUUGGUUAGCAGAGUGGUGCAUGGCCCUUUAAUAGUACCCCACUACUUUUCUUCUACUCAUAAACUUAAAAAUGAACAAUUUUAUGAUGGCUUAACGAAAAUUAACCAGCUUAAUGUUCUUUUGCUUGCAUAUCUUUGAACUUGCUCUAUCAAGUAUCCCUACUGAUUUAUUUUAAUUUUAUUUAUGAAUUGUGUUUCUGAAUAAAGAGUAGAACCCAUAAUCUUAUCGGAGUUCUUUGUUUUAUUUAGCUUAUAUAAAUUUUAAGAAACUUUAAUUUUAAAUUUAUACAGUUAAACUUUAUGGUUUUUAUAAGUGUCUACUUAUGAUUAAUAAAACAUGGUUUACAGUACCUAAACUAUACAUGUAUGGGGCAAUUAAUUACAUUAAGUCUAAGAUUAAGUUUUAUAUAAGUGUUUUAGACUUUAUAGGUUUUAAAACACAUUUUACUUAUGUUUGUAUAUUAGAAACAUUUAUAUGUUAACACUGUCAGCAUUAUCAUCAGGAAGUGUUGGGGUUUAUACCCUUUAACAUCACGUUCCUCCCAAUAUUUUUUUAGUUUUUUUUUGUUUACAAAUUAUAUGUAAUGAUUUGUAAUGCAUAGAUUAAUAGCAGUAUUUCUUAAAAACUAUAAGUACCAAAUAGGUACCAUUAACUAAAAUAAGUCUUGGUACGUGUUUUAGACUUUUAGAUCAAAUGUGAAGCCAAGAAAUAAUAAUUCUUGCUAAGAUUUUUUAUCCUCGGACAUGCAUUUUUCGCCUUGUAUCAUUUGGUUUAAAACAUUUUUCUAGAUUUCUUACGGAUUAUCUUAACAAUUUAAAAAAUUAACAACAAAAUGACGAUACAUUGGUUUUCUUUUGUCGAUUUUAAAGUUAUCUUGAUCACAAGGUAAAAAAACCAUGACAAAUGCAUUACUAGAUUACUGAGCUCCCAAAGUGGAUAAUAAUAGUAAUAUUAAUCCUCCUUGCGAGCUGCAGUCGAAAUUAUUUUGUAAUUUUUUAAUUAUAUAUCUUUGAUUUCAGUAUGUAAACUAAAUUAACUACCUUCUAUACAAGUGGUUUUCAAACUUUUUUGAACACGGUACACUUCGCUUUACACAUUUUAACGGUACACUGUGACUUUUUUUGUCAUUAUUUCUGUACAAAAUUAGAAUUAAUAACAAAAUUGAUGGGUCAUACUCAAAUGAAUCAUAAUCAAAAGAGUUACACUUCAUACUUAACGAGUGGAUCAUCGUAACUUGUGGUUCAUCACAAUUUAAGAAAAACAAAUUUCAAAAGACCGCAGAACCCAGUUUGAAAACCACUGUAACUUCUGCCCUAUAACAAUAGCCUAUCCGUGAUGCGGAGUAUGUUAUGCGUAUUUUUUAUAUCAUUAUUGACUAAUAAAAGUGAAUUUAAAUUAAUUAAAAUAAUUUUAUAUUUUAUACCAGCUAUAAUUAUUUACCAUUAGUUUCAUCUUCCUCUCUUCCUUGGUUAUUUGACAGCAGUGUUGGAAUCCAUUAAUUUCAUCUAUUGAAUGUAUGUUCAUGCCUUUUUUCUAUUAUUUUAUUUUUGUUGAUUUCUUGAUUACCUUGACAACAAGAGAAAAACAACGAUGAAUUCUUCAAAAUCAACUUCGCUGGGAAUCGUUCUUCGUUAGCAAUGCAUUACGUACAGUAUACAAACUAAAUUAGGGUUGUUAAUAGGAAUUUUAAUAAGGACACUCGAUUUUCAAAUCUAAAUAAAACAAUUUGUGUGCAAGAUAUGCACUCAAUUUUUUUCUCAUUUGAAAGAAUAUUUUAUAGCAAUUAUGUAUGAAAUACAUCGUUUAAAUAUCUGCCGCAGCUUUGCUUAGUGACAUAUAUUCGGAAGUCCAAUUUUUAAUGAUUUUCUUGCAUAAAUCUCGAUUUAUUUGUUGGAUAUUGUUAGUUAUGUUGACUUUGGGGGCAUCAGUUGUUUACAGUUUAUUUACAUAGACUUGCGAUUUAAGAUAACCUCAAAGGUAAAGCUGGGCAAGUUAGUAAUUUUUUUCAACUAGUUAAAGUUAUGUUAGUUUAGUAUAAAAUCUAACUAAGUUAGAAUAUAAGUUAGUUUUAAAAUUUUCCAAAUUUCUAACUUAGAGUAAAAGUUAGUUUUUUUUUAUUUUAAAAUAUAAAUUAAAAAACCAGUUCAAAUGUAAAGUAUUAUGUAAAUUAAUUAUUAAGUGGGUAACUAACUUAAAUUAUUGGUGAUGAUUGAAAAAUUAAAUUAAAUUGAUCAAAGUUAGGUCAAAGUUAGAUCAAGUAGGUAAGUAAUAACUUAAAUUUCUUGGAAAUUAAUUUUAAUAUCAGUUAUUAGUACAUAGAAAGUUUAACAAAAAAAGAAAUAUACAAACAGGAUAACACUAUAUUUAUCUAUACUGGCAUAAUCAUAAUAAUAUAAAUAUAAACAUUUUUGAUAGGAUAUAAUAUACAAUGAUAUUACCUAUAUUGCAUAUUUUGGUUAUAUUAUAUAGUUUUAUUAUAAAAAUAGGCCACGAACAUAAUAUUAUAAUAGUCUAUAGACUAUCUAUAUAUCUAUUAUGUGUAGUGGUUACCAUGUAUUACCAAUCACCAUAGACUGCUGAGAUAGAUAAGAAUAUAAUAUAGAGUAUGUUCUUAUCUAUCUCAGUGCUAUAGACAUAAAAACAACUAGAAUAUAGCCGACUAAUUAGAUCCUAAUAUAUAUAUAUAUAUAUUAGUAUAGAUUUAGUAUAUGAUCUAAGAUCGACUAUAAUUUUUUAUCGAAUAGUAUGACAAGAAAAAUGUUUUCAUCAUAAAAUUGAAAAUACUCAAUAUUUUACAGAACAUUUGGAUUUUUGAAAUUAAAAAAAAAAAAAAACAAAAAUAACUAGUUUCUUUUUGUUUUUAACAAGUUAGAUUAGAAUAUUAUCCACAUUCAAUUCAACUACUUAAGUUACUAAGUUAUUAUGAAUAAAAACUAACUAGGUUAAUUAGAAAGUUACUUAAAAAGUAACUUUCUAACUAGUUAGUGCUCAGCUUUGCCCAAAGAAAGAAGUCUAAAGGUGUUAAAUCGAACGACCUUGGUGGCCUAUCCACCACAUGAGAUAUCCAUGCCCUCAAAUUUCGCAUGUCUACAUAUGUUAGUCUUUCGUGGCAUGCGCUGUGUGACAUAUAGCGUCAUUGUUGGAACCGCAUGUUGUCGGUAAUAAUAUGCAUAUCAUUCAGUUUAGGCCACAAGAAGUUUUAAUCACAUUUGUAACGCUCACUGUUGGCAAUUAUGGCAAUGCUAGUUCGUUUUGGAAGAAGUAUGAACCGAUUAUUCUGCCAGAUCAAAAUAUACACCAAACAGUAACUUUAACAGGAUGCAUUUGGUGUUGAUGUAUCUCAUAUGGAUUGAUAACGUCCCAAAUUUGACAAAUUUGUUUAUUUUAUCCAAAAAUGGGCCUCGCUGCUAAUGAUAUUUUUUUUUUUGGUGAAAUUCGAAAUUUAGUUUCUUGAACGGAGCACUGAUUUUCAUAAUAAAAUCUAAUAAUUUGCAUACGUUUUCAACGUUAUAACCUUCAAUAGUGAUUUGCUAUACACUUCUGAACAAUUCACAAUAAAUUUCAAAGAUAACGCACUAACAACACAGCUAUCACCUAUUAAAAUUCGAGCGUCUAUUAAAAUACUCGUUUUAUCCUAUACUUUCCCCAAUCCUCAACUUCAACAGUGACCUACCCAAUUUUUUGAAACUCAUACCCCCUCUCCCCCUGAAAAUAAAUCGUGGUUGCGCCAUUAAAUACUGUUAAUAUUGAUAUUUUCUAACAAUCCUUGAUACUGUUUUCUUUAGCCAUAAGUUAGGUUCUGCAAAUGAGGAUUUUGUGGUAAUAAUGACUUAAUAAAAUUAUAACUGACAUAUUAUUAAGACCUCAUUUAUUAAUAAUUCUUAUUUUGAAAGCUUAUUACUAGUUUUAUUUUCUGAGCAGUGACUUUCUAACUUCUCACCUACAGCAGUCUUCUUACAUUAUGUCCUGCAUAUUGAACGUUUUUUUUCUCAGAUUGCAGUUUUUAAAAGUACUUACCUAACUGUAUAAGCGUGCACAGGAUUUUGUAUCCGAUGCAGCAUACUUUUCCAACCGCCCCAAUAAAACAAUAAACAACCAACUUACUUGUUUAUUAAAUAAAGCAACUAGGAUGAUAAAACCUAAACCAAUUAUUACAAAAAAAAUCUAUUGGAUACAUUUUAAUUACUCCUCCCUCCUGGAUUAUAUUCAUAGAUAUAUUUAAAAACUAGAUACCCGACUCCCUAUACAAUAAUGUAUACAAUUUAUGAUUCCCAGCAUCAUUUUUCACUUGGGUGAUGUUUACAAAUUCUUAUUUUUUUUCUUAACAAAAAAAAUUGUUCAGUAAUGAGGUUCAUUUUUAUUAUUAAUUAUUAAUGACAAAUAAUAAUAGAGAGCAAAAUCAAAUAAUAUAUAUAUAUUUGCAUAAAAUAAUAGUACAAUUAAAAGUUUUAAACAAAUUUAUAUUAUAUAUGACUUAAACUUCCUGAUUUGAAAAAAAUAAUAAAAUAGUUAAUAUCAACUUAUGAAGUCUCUAAAAUAAUUACAUUAGAACAGUCUAAUUCACUAAAUUUGGUUUGAUUUAGAGAAAAGUGUUCCCAGUCAAUAUAGUUCAUUGCAAAAAAAUAAUAUAAUAUAUACACUUACUCAAUUAUAAUAUAUAUUCAAAUAUAGUCAAUAUUAUGUAGUUCAUAAAUAUAUUUAUCCAGAGGCACCAAUGUCAUAGAUUAAUAAGUGGAUGGGUCGGAUUGUAGGUGGGUAUAAUGUGAAGUAAAAUAGAGACCUCAAUUUUACUGUAAAUAUUUUACUAUAUUAAGUUAUAAUAAUCUCUGCUCUAUAAUGUUUCGAAGAGAAUUAUUUUUGCAAAUGGGUGGGACGUGGGUCGAGGGUGGGUGGGUGUAUUGAUUAAAAAUAGAUAUGUCAUAGGUAUUUUAAAAUACAUUGGUGCCCCUUUAUUUAUCUGUGAUUAGGAAAGUAUAUUAUAUGUUUAUGAUUAGGACAGCAUACAAAUGAUAAGAAUUUGUAAACAUUGCCCAAGUGACAAAUGGCGUUAGGCAUAAUAAUUUUAUACGGAGUCGGCUAUCUAGUUUAUAUAUGUGAUUAUUUCUGGGGUGACACUUCAUCAUGCUAUAAAUAUAAAAAAUAUAUUCUCUCAAUGAUGCAGCAAAAACGCCAUUCGAAUUGAUUUGGAUUUGAUAAUAAAAACAUUUUUUUUUUUAAAAAAAAAUUAUUAAUUUUAACAAAUAAUGAAUGUGCUAAUAUCAUAGAAUACAUACAUAACUUUAAUAUUCAACAAUUUUUUAUUGCCUUUUGAAAGUAUACUAGCCUAUAUUCCUCUAUAUUUUAUUCUGUCCAUAAUAUGACAUAUAUAAAUAUUGCCGACAAAGCAACACUAUAAAUCGAACUCUGCUCAGAAUAGUUUUUUCGUUAGCAAUGGUUAAUCAUUGCAUACAUUUAUAAAUUAAAUUUCCCCUUUACUACCUUCUUAAUUUAUUACCUAGAACAGUGGUCCACCGACGUUCAAAGUACCAAUGUCCGUCUUUUUUUUUAUGAAAUAUAUUAUUAUUCGAUACUCACUUUAUUUAUUUUAAUUAUAAUAUCCAUCCAUUUUAUUACUUUUUUUUAUGUAAUUCGUACCUAAUAUUGUAUUCAUUUUUAAUUCUGUAUGAGUAUUAAAGUGUUUACUGUUUACAUAUAUUUCAGUUCGAUUAGAAAAUACCUAAAUAAAAAAUAAUAAGUAAAUAAAUACACUUGAUUGUAAAAACAAUAUUGUCUCAGCUCCACGUUAAAACUGAAACAUUAAUCAAUACAAAUCGAAUAUAUCUUGGUGAAUUCGUCUAAUUUUAAAUUUAAAAUAAAACAAAUUUGUUUUUGUUAUUAUUUAAAAAUUAAAAAUAUUAAUGUAAUUAAUAAUUAUUAAUAAAAAUAAACCUAUUAAGUUACAUAAACCGAUAUUUGAAUAUUUGUAUAUAAUUUGAUAUACAGUAAUACUGUAUACAAAUUAAAAAUUAUUCCUACAAUUCUUUAAACGAUAUACCCAUAUUUUAUCCCUAAAUUGGGAUACAUUUUGAAACCGAUGUUUGAAUUUAAAUUACUGACCUUAUAAAUAUAAUAAUUUGAUAAUGUCUGUAUUGGAAGAUGCUAAUAAAAAACAAACUAAUUUUUAUUUCAGAUCACUGUGCGCUUAUGCCUACUUAGGUACCUACUUUUAUUUAACUGUGGAAAUCUACUGUUUGUAAUUUUGAACUCGGGGUUUUCGUUGGGUUGUUUGUGUUGUAACAAAAUGUUUAUUGGUAGGUAGCGAAGAAAACGGGUUGGUGAUAGAACCACAAAUUAAUUAGGUACACAUUAUUUAAAAAUGUAGAUAACGACGUUAUAUAGGUAGGUAAUAUUAUUUCAAAGUGAAUAUUAGAUUUGAGCAUAAUAAUAUUGUAUAGUAGGUAGGUUAUGUAUAUUGUAUACGUUAUACAGGCAUUGAGACUUAGUAAAACUGCUCUUGGCGAUACCAUGGGGAGUCAAGUGAUAAAUUUAUUAUCGAACGAUGUAAAUCGGUUCGAUACGGCGUCACUGUUUUUGCAUUUUGUAUGGGUUGGUCCGCUGAAAACUAUUGUGGUCACGUAUUAUCUGUGGCAAGAAGUAGGAGUGUCAUCGGUGUUCGGAGUAGCCAUAAUGGUUAUGUUCGUCCCGUUAAUAGGUAACGAAAAUAAAAAAAUUAUUAUAAUAAUUGAAAACAAUUGGGUAUAAUUUCUACGUCUGAUUUGUGUAUAGGUUGGCUGGACAAGAAAACUUUUGAAUUCUGGCAGAAGACGGCUUCAAGAACUGGUACGAGAAUACGUUUAAUGAACCAGAUAAUUUCCAGCAUGCAAGUCAUUAAAAUGUAUACUUGGGAAAAACCUUUCACGUAUCUCGUACAAUAUGCACGGAAGUACGUAUUUAAGUCCCUACGGUAUUUGCAUUUUGAAACCAUUACCUAUCUAAUUAAUUACUCACCUGCCUACUUGUUUAAACCUUUUUUUUUUCUGUAUGACGAUUUUGUCGUUCACUCAGGAAAGAAAUGCAUCAAAUCAGAGGAUCAGCGUAUAUCCAAAGCGUUUUGCUAUCGUUCGCAGUGUUAAACACGAGAAUUGCGUUGUGUUUCAGUAUUUUAUCUUACGUGCUAAUGGGGAAUGAUAUUACCGCGAAAAAAGUAACAUUAAACCACGAUUUGCUUAUACGAUAUAGGUACCUUUAUAGGCAAAGGGCGCAUUUUAACAUACUGCACCCGGUUUCAAACCAGGUCGAAUACCCGUUGGUUAACGUAUUAAUCGUAGAAACUGUGAUAAUGGGUUCGAUGGCGUCAAUUGCGCAAUACAUAAUCUCCGUAUGUGAUUUAAACAUUUUGAUUUGAUCCGAGGCUUAUCCCAAUCGAUUUGUAUUCUCAUUACCUACCCGACGUGGUAUUGCGCAUCAAAUCGAGGGUUAUUUUCAUUUAAAAUAGUUUAAAAUUUUUAUUUUUUCAUAUCGGGUGAUACAUAACAUUCAACCGGAUCUGAAACCAGGUGCAGUAUGCUAAUAUGUGGCCCGGAUUAAGGGUUGUAGGGGCCCGGGGGCCAAUAUUACUAACGGGACCUAUUAUGAUUGACCGCACAAAACUUAUCAUAGAGAUCCAUAAUAAAAUUAUACACCAAAGACUUAAAUAAAAUUAUAUUUGAAAUUUCGAAGUGGGAGCAGAUGCCCCGUUUUGCCCUCCCACUUCCGGGCGCCAAUGUCUAUUCUAUUAAAAUGGAACAAAUAAUAAUAAAAAAAAGUCAUCAAAUAUUUGAUUCAACUCAUAAUAUGGUUUUUGUAAACCCCCUGUCCCUUCCUUAAUCCGGACCUGCUUUACCUUACCUUAAUUGGCCGUUGUACCUAAUAUUACCCAUAUGUUUUAGGUGUUCGUCGUGGCUUCAUAUUACAACUUACUGCAGAUGACGACAACGGUAUUUUUUCCCCAAGGUAUUGGACAAAUGUUCGAGUUGUUAAAGUCCGUCGAACGUUUACGGGUACGAAGUAUUAUAUAUUUUAAAUUAAAAAAAUAUCAAACAAUAAUAAUAAUAACAACAUUACGUGUUGAUAUUUUGUUUUGUAGACAUUUUUGUUGCUUGAAGAAAAAGAUGAUCAAGUAGUGGAUAGUAAAUCAAUUAUUGUUAAUUAUAGUAACGAAGCCGAGCAAUCAAAUCUAAACGGUUCAAGGAUUAUACUUUCUGGUGCUACGGCCAAGUGGGUGAACGAUCAACCCAAUAACUGUUUAGAAAACAUUAAUCUGACUGUGGAAUCGGGACGAUUGGUCGCUGUUAUCGGUCGCGUAGGAGCCGGAAAAGUAUAAUGCGUUUUAAUUCGUUCGUAAAUAAUAUUAUUAUUUUUAAAUAAUUGCAGAGUUCGUUAUUACAAAUGAUCUUGCGAGAAUUACCACUUUCCAAAGGAAAUAUUUUCGUGGGCGGCGUUGUGUCCUAUGCGUCGCAAAAACCAUGGCUUUUUACUGGUUCUGUUCAACAAAACAUUCUGUUCGGUUUGAAGAUGGACAAAGAGCGUUAUCAAAAAGUAAAUUAAAUAAACAUUUUUUUUUUUCUUGCAUAAAUAUCAUUUUUCCAUUGAAUAGGUUAUACAAGUAUGUGCAUUGAACACGGAUUUUGAACAAUUUCCUCAUGGUGAUAGAACAAUCAUCGGAGAAAGAGGUGUAUCACUUAGUGGUGGACAAAAAUCAAGAAUUAAUUUAGCGAGGUAUUUCAAAUGUUUAUAGUAGCCUAAGCUUUAGUUUUAUUAAAAAUUAGUAAGUGGAAUCUAUUACAGUUUGGAAUUCUAUUAUAUUUAUAAUCUUGUUUAAUAUAAAUAUGAUCUAGCUAGAUAUACUUAGCAUCAUACUAUUUUAAUUUAGAUUAGUCAGUUUUCAGAUUAUUAAGUAUUAUAUUAUUUAGAAUUAUAUUUUUUAAAUUUUAUUUCAGAGCUGUUUAUAAACCAGCAGAUAUUUAUUUAUUAGAUGACCCUUUGUUUGCUGUAAACACUAAUAUUGGCAAACAUCUAUUUGAAAAAUGUAUAAAAGGUACCUAUCAUUGAUAAUAAUAUUAUAUUUAUAUCUAUAAUUUUAUAUUUAACAUGAUGUAUGUUUAUAUAGGUUAUCUUAAAAAAAGGAUUUGUAUUCUUAUUACACACCAGAUACAAUAUUUAACUAAGGUUGAUCAAAUUUUUUUAAUUGAAAAUGUUAGUAUUAUAGUAUAUUAUAUUAUUGUAUAUUAGUUUCAAAAAUAAUACUGAAAAUUGUUAUAUAAUUUUUUCAUAGGCAAAUUUAACUGAGUGUUCAUAUCAGGAAAUUCAAGCAUCUAGCCCAGACUUUUUUAAAUUAAUUGGAACUUCGGUGGAACCAAUAAUUUCAUCUGAUAGUGAAUCAAAGUGUGCAAAACCUAAUAAUUUAGAAGAGUGCAAAAUGAUACCAGAUCAAAAUUCUACUAAAAAUUAUUUGCCAUGCAUUGAUAAUACCAAAUUUGGCUUAUCUCUUGAUGCUCCACUCAAAGUAGCUGAAACUUGUUCAUCCCGGAAUAUUUCCUGUGCUUUAUAUUGGUCCUAUUUUGCUGCUGGUGGAACUAUGUGUAAAAUAUGUUUUUUAUUAGCAAUGUGUAUUUUUACUCAAAUUUUGGCAUCCGGUGGAGAUUAUUGGAUUGUGUUUUGGUAUUAAAUCUUAGUACCUACUUUACCUACAACAGUUAUUAAUUACUUUUUUGUUUUUUUUAGGGUUAACUGGGUACAAAAUUAUUUCCAUAGUAAAAUUAGUGUUGAAUAUAAUAAUACUACAUUAAUAACUGAUGAUAUUCCCUAUAAAUGGUUUUGGAUUUCUCCACAAAGGUGUAUUGAGAUUUUUGUUGUUUUAACAUUGUCUAUGAUAUUAGUUACCCUUAUAAGAUCUUUUGCAUUUGUAUCAGUUUGUUUGAAGGCCUCUAUGAUCUUGCACAAUAAAAUGUUAAAUGCCAUAACCAGAACCUCAUUGCACUUUUUUUAUAUUAAUUCAUCAGGUAAUAUUAAUUAAAAUAAUAUCUUUUAGUAAUUAUUAAUCAAAUUUAUUUAUAUACACAUUUAGAACAAAUUCUUAACCGAUUUUCAAAAGAUAUAGGUGUGAUUGAUAAUAUGUUACCAUGUAUCAUGAUGGAUUGUAUACAAGUAUAGUAUAAUAUUACUUUAUUAGUUACAUGUUGCUAAAAUUUAUUAAACUAGCAUUUAUGUUUAAAUUAUGUAUGCAUGUUAAAAAUAGAUUGGAUUGACACUGGUUGGAUUCAUUAUUGUUGUUGGAUUAGUGAAUGUUUAUCUUAUGAUAUCAACAGUCGUAGUUGGAAUAAUCCUUUACAAAGUAAGAUGUUUCUAUUUAGUGACUACUGAAAGUGUCAAACGGUUAGAAAGAGUUAGUAAGUACAAAAAUUAUUUUAAUUACAUGAGACACUGCUAAUUAUCAUGGAAAAUUUUAAAAUAGCACGUAGUCCUGUAUAUGCACAUUUAUAUGCAUCUCUUCAGAAUUUAACAACAAUAAGAGUAUUUGAGGCAGAACAAAUUUUAUCUAAAGAAUUCAACAACCAUCAAGUUAGUAAAAACUAUAAUAUAUUUUUUUUAUUAUUAUUUUAAUUGUAUUCUAAUAUUUUAGGAUUUACAUUCUUCAGCAUGGUAUUUAUUUCUUUCUUCUGGUAGAGCAGUUGGAUUAUGGUUGGAUUUAAUAUGUGCUGUCUACAUGAGUAUUGUAAUUUUCAGUCUCUUAGUUUUCAACAGUAGUAAGUCUAAAAAAUAAGAUUUUUAAUUAAAAUAAUGAAAUUCAAGGGUCAUUUUAUUUUAAUUCAGAUACGUUUAGUGGUAUGGUUGGUUUAGUUAUUUCUCAGAUAAUCGGAUUGACUGAAACAUUCCAAUGGGGAAUGAGACAGUUGACAGAAUUAGAAAAUCGAAUAGUAUCAGUUGAUAGAGUACUGGAUUAUACAAAUUCUCAACAGGAACCUGCUCUUGAAAUUCUUCCAGGUAAUAUUAAUUUCAUUAUUUACAACAUAAUGUAUAAACAAAAUAUUGUUUGUUUGUAGACGAAAAACCACCAAAAGAUUGGCCACAAAAUGGACAAAUUACUUUCAAAAAUUUUUAUCUACGCUAUAGUCCAGAUUCACCUUAUGUUUUAAAAAAUCUCAAUAUUAGUAUCAAAUCAAUGGAAAAAGUAAUUUUUAGUUAAUUUUAAAAGUUUACAAUUCUAAAUAAUGUAACUGUCAAAUACGCGAUCUACAAAAUGUUAAUUGGCCUACUGAUAAUGUUGUAUUGAUCUACACAUUUCUUUUAUUGAUAUAAAUAUUAGUCAACAGAUUUCAUUUAUCACAGUUAUUGUCAAUAUGGACAUUUUAGACUAUUUUUGUGAAAAACUAUUUUCAAUCAUUAAUACUGGCCUUCAGUAACCUUGUAAAUUCUUGUAAUCUUGUGAAUUUUUACGAAAUGUGUUCAAUAUUUAAAGGAACAAGGGUUAUUACUUGACAAUAAUAAAUAUAUACUUUGGUAUUUUAUGUAAUGUUGAACUUGUGGAAUGUUUUAGAAGUAGUAAAAAAUGAAUUUUUGAUGGCAUUAUGAAAAAGGUUGUAACAUUACAUAUAUCUUACAGGCCGUAGUAAUAGUCAUUAUGUGAAAUAAUGGUAGUAGUUUGGUUUUGGGUUAAUUUAGUUCCAUUAAAUCAAGCUAUAUUGUAAUUGGACGGUCAGAAGUAAAAACACCAUCCAGAUAUACCAGUAUAUUGUUUUUUCAAAAAGAGAAAAAAUAGGUGGUUAUGUUUGUACCUACUGUCCGAAUCCUUUUUUCAAGGUAAAAGAUAGUAUAACCUUGGUCAAUUACAAUGUAUGGAUUAUUAGCCAUUAUGAAAAAUAAAUAUUUCCAAUGACAACAAUUUUAAUGAAAAUGAAAAAGUGCAAACAAAUAAAAAUUACUUGAAUAAUAUACAAAGUUCAUGGGUAUUUAGAAUUUGUUGAAAAUAGCUUGCAUUACUAUUAGAAUGCCCAUUUUUUAUCAUAGGAAACCGAGACCGAGAAAUUCUUUUACUGAUUAUUAAAAAUGAAAUAAAAACUGGAAUGACUAUUCAUAGCGACCAAUUAAGAGCGUACUUUAUAUUAAAUUUUCACGAAGUCAUUCAUCAGAGAGUUAACCACUCAGAAUUAUUUAUUGACUCAGAAACAGGAGCACACAUUCUACAAAUUGAAGGCUUGUGGAAAAAUAUAAAAUCCUAAUACAAUAUUAAAAAAAAUGGGGCAUCUGCUUUAUUAGAUAGACUACUCCAAGAAGAUUGAUGGAGAUUAUGUCGAAAUCCAAGAACUAUUUUUGAUGAAUUUUUGGCUGAUAUGAAACAGAAACAACUGACUAAGACAAUAUGGUAAUUGAAAACAUUGAAAAGUGGAUUAAAAAAAUGUAUGAAAUUAAUUUACAGGUUAGUUAAAUUAAUCUGUAUUUUAAAUUUAUGAUGUAGGUUGCCUAUUGGACUGUAAAUCAGUGUAUAGGUCGCGUAUUGGACGUAAAUUAGUGUGUAGAUCUCAUAUUGGACCCAUACCCUUAAUCUAUGUUUUAUUUAGGUCGGAAUUAUAGGUAGGACUGGUUCUGGAAAGUCAUCUUUGAUAAGAGCAUUAUUUAGAUUAGCUGUUAACCAAGGCUCCAUUAUUAUCGAUAAUAUAGAUAUUAAUAAAUUAGGACUUCAUGAACUACGAUCUAAACUUUCUAUCAUACCCCAAGAACCAGUUUUAUUUCCCGGAACGUUGCGGACAAAUUUAGAUCCUUUUGACGAAUAUCCAGAUCAUUUCCUUUGGAAUGCCUUGGAAGAAGUAAAUAAUACAUCUAUUUUCAAUUAGAAAUGAUAUAUUUUUUUUUUUGCUUAAUGAAUAAGUCUAAUAAUAGUGAUAUUGUCCUUUUAGGUAGAGCUCAAAAACGCCAUUGAAGAUUUAUCAGAUGGUCUGAAAUCUAAAAUGUCUGAAGGUGGUUCUAAUUUUAGUAUUGGUCAAAGACAGUUAGUGUGCUUGGCCAGAGCUAUAGUGCAAAAUAAUACAAUUCUUGUGCUGGAUGAAGCCACUGCCAAUGUUGAUCCACAGUAAUUAAAAAUAUUAAAAUAACUACAUAAUAAAUGUUAUACUGUAAAAAAAAAUGGCAUUUCAUAUAAUAUUAUAUUCGAUUUUUGUUUAAUUUUCUAGAACUGAUGCAUUGAUUCAAAAUAUCAUAAGGAAUAAAUUUGGAAUAUGUACAGUUUUAACAAUUGCUCGCCGAUUGAAAACUGUAAUGGAUUCUGAUAGAGUGCUCGUGAUGGAUGCAGGUACAAUGGUUGAAUUUGAUCAUCCAUAUAAUUUGUUAAAAAAUAAAGAUGGUUUUUUGUACAAUAUGGUACAAGAAACAGGACAAAGUACUGCUCAUUGGUUGCAAAGUGUAGCCACAAAGGUAAAUUUUUAUUACAAAAAUAUAUAACUCUGAAUUAGAGUAGAAUUGAAUAGCAUUUUUUUUUGUUUUUUAUUACUAUGCUUGUUUGAUUUUAUAGAACUAUAACAAAGCUAUGCAGAUAGCCAAAACAUCUCCACUACAAUUAACUAUCAAUGAUGUAAACGAUGACCCAAACAGAACACCAUAG